AUAACAGAGAGCCAUUUCCUAGUUGCUGCCCUGCCCUGCUGCUCUUUGUGUGGGAAGAGUACAAGCCAAUUGAGGCAGAAAUUUCCCUUUCGUUGUCCAGUCCUUUCAGGCAUUUUUUAAACAAAUGCAACACCCAAGCUGUUGGUAGAAGUUUUUUGAAAAUCCUUUCACAGGCCAAUGAAGGCUUCAGCCUGUGUGGUUUGGGCUGUUUGGUUACCCUCUGGGGACCGGAAGGCAAGCUUCUUGCCAUGGAUGCAACAUCAGGAGUGAGCGCCUGUGAUGGUAGAUGAUGGUAAGGGAACGGUGGUGGUCACAGGAUUCUCUUGAGGAGGUGGAGAUAGCAAAGGAGGAUUUCUGGAUGUUUUCUGAUGGUUAGAUGUAAACUUAAUGUUGAUUCUCUUCAAAAAUUCAGACAGAAACUUGAUCCAGAUUCAAAGAGUCAUCCUGGAGGCCAUGCACGGCAGCCCAGAGAACAUCCCCCUGGGAGAGUGCACCCUCUCCCAGUCCAGGGACCAGCUGACGCCCCCGAGCCGCACAGAGAGCACCGUGUUCAGCCUGUCCCGCAGCGAGUCCCUAUGGACCGCAGAGACCCCUCGCAGCAAGUGUGAAGAAUUCUGGUUCGCCAUCCACCUCAUGUCCACCGGGGGCAGCUUCCUGGCAUGCGGCAUCAUCAUCAGCGGCAUGUACUUCGCGGGCCACUGCAGGAUGUGGACCAAUAUCCUGGGACCGGCCCUAGUGUCCAUUGGGCUGAUGGUUUUUGUGGUGGGCUUGGUCCUGGUCCCCAUCACCAAGGAGAACAGGCAGCAGUCGAAUAAGAAGAAGCCUCUCAGCAACUACAGGCCUCCGAUGUUCAACCUGUGAUCACAAAACGUCAUUGUUUGGAAGUAAUUUAUCAUGAGAAAUUUUUAAGUUUUCAGAGCACACUGGAUUGAAAUGAACCUUUUCAGCAUGGGAGUGAAUUAUUAAAAAGACUCUGCGUGGUGACAUUUAUUUUUGUUUUUACGAGGAUUGCCAACACUAAGCUCUUAUCUCAGUCUCAAGUGUGCAUGACGACAUUUGCAUUUAUGGCCAUGGCUGUGGAAAAAGAAGGUGAGAGCACAAGGACAACAAUGUGCUGUAUAAAUUGCAAUUAUCCACACACAAUUUAGCGAGAAGGAUACUAGAAAGCAAACUGUCCUCAUGAAUGUUCAUGACGGUUAAGUAGACAAGGGGGAUUUCCUAAUGCUGUGUGGUACAGUAUAUGCCAAUUCAUGAAUAAUUAAAGGUUGUGAGAGCUUAUAAUU